AUGCCUUUCACAAGCGAUAAUGGGUUUACCAAUAUUCUGAAGAAGGUAAAACAAGCCGGUCACAAAAUACUGAUAGCUUUUCAAAAAAGGAGUGAUAGGACUGGAGAAGAUUCAAGUGAACUUACAUCCAUUGGAGACAUGGUAUGGGACAACCGGAGAGAGUUUCUUUCUGUGGGUCAGAAACGUGCAUGGAAAUGGAAAGGUGCAAAGAACAGGGUAAACGUAAAGAAGAGGGUAAAGGUUGGAGGUAAAGCUAACAAAAAAACCCCAGGCAACAAUGAAAGGUAA